AUGAACAAGCAAUUAACAUUGUUCGAGAAACUUACUCCUUUACUUAAUUGUAUUCAAAACGUAAACUUAAAAAAUGAAUUUAAAAAAUGUAUUGAAGAAAAAGAAUUUAUUAAUACUUUACAAGAUGGAGAACAUACAAAAUUCAUUGACUUGGUUAUUCAAUUAUUUUAUUCUACACAAAUAUCUAAAGCAAAUUUAUUAUUAGACCUUAUUGAAGAUAUGUUAGCAAAUGGAUAUAUUAGACAUAUCCCAUCGCCAACAUAUCCAGAUGUUAUUAAUGAGUUACUUUAUAAAUUACUCACUGCAAAUUUUCCUAAAACAUCUACAGAAGAGUAUUGUCGUUGUUUAUCAACAUUUAUCUGUUCAACAUUUACUGAAAUGCAUGGUGUACAAUUACAAAAUACGGUAAGUAAAUUAUUAAGUUGUAAGCAAACAUUAUAUCACACAAACGUUGUAACAUUAUUUGCUGCAAAAUAUAAGUCUUCAAUAGAAACAAAUAGUGAUAUUAAAUAUAAAGAUGUUAUAGUAUUUAUGCGUUCAAUAGCAUAUAUGAUUUCUAAACAUACAGAAAAUUCAAUUUAUUAUUUAACAUUAUUUAUUACUCAAUGUUCAGAAGAACUUAAGAAAGACUCGCCUCAAAGAGUUCAAAAUAUUAUUGAUAUUAUUUCUCCAGAAUUAGGAUUUUCAGAAGUAAUUGAUUUGAUUGAAUUAUGGAGAUGUAUUAUUAAAUAUUCCUUAUUUCAGUUAAUUCCAUGGUUAGGGAUUUGUAUUAAAAGUGUUUCAUUAAAUCCAAAUAAAGCUGCAAUAACAGCUAUUAAUGAAACAAUUUCCAGUGAAAAAUUACCAAGAUUAUUUAUAUAUGGUGAUUAUCAAAUCAAUCAAUUUGAUAUAUUUAAGAAUAUUGUUUCUAUAUUACUUCAAUUAAUUAAUAACAAUGAUUUAAUCGCUCUUGGUUUAUUAGCAGAAAUUAUGAGAAGUCUUGCAUUAUUUAAUGACGAUAUAAUAAAUAAAGAGAAUUAUUAUUAUGACACAUUCACAAAACACCAAGCCCUUAAAGAACAAAUUAAGGAGUGUGUUGUUUUAUUUAAUCAAAAAGGGUUUUCAGGUAUUGAUAAAUUAAUUCAAAUCGGAUGUAUUAGUUCCAAUGCAAAAAGUAUUGCCAGGUUUUUAAUGAGUGAUGCAUUAUCACCAGAAAAAGUUGGGAAUGUUUUGUGUAAAAAUAAUACAUUAUGUAAAGAAUGUUUAGAAGAAUAUAUUAUGAAUUUAGAUUUAUAUGAUAUGGAACUUGACCAAGCAAUGAGAAGAUUGUUUUACCGAUUUCAAAUGGUUGGAGAAUCACAAAUUGUUGAAAGAGUUUUUGGGUUAUUCAGUAAACGAUAUCUUCAAUGUAAUAUAAAAUAUAAAGACAUUUUAACAGAAGAAAAAGUAGAACAAUUUUCUACUACCCUAUUAAUUCUUGCAACUGAAUCACAUAACUCCAAUGUAAAAUUAAAAGUUGUUGAUACUUUUGAAAAAUUUAAUAAUAUAAUUUGUAAGGACUUUCAAAUUCAAUAUGAAACUAAAGAAUUAUUACAAAUGUAUCGUAGAGUUCAAAAUACACCAUUUGUUCCAAGGUCUAUUUCACCUAUUACUCGACCAGUUAAUAUAUUAAAUGAACCUUUCAUUGUUCAACCAAUUAAAAUGACAAAAAGUAUUGCAUUUUGUAUGUUUGAAAUUGUUUGGAAACAAAUAACCCAAAUAAAAAAUUUUACAACAAUUCAUUCAAAUUUAUUAUUCACAACACUUCAAACUGGUUGUUUAUUAGAACGAAAUGAAAUAAAAGAAAUAAGUACAUUAAUAGAAAAAAUCUCAAAUUCAGACCUAUCUUCAAAAUUCACAGAGCAAGACGUUAUUUGUAUUGGAAGAGUUAUUAUUAGUAUGUCUGAAUGUUAUACUUUAUUAAAACAAGCUUGGGAACCUCUAUUAAGUAUUGUAAUAAAUAUUAAAAUUAUAAAUCAAGCAAGGGAUACGAAUUCAAGAAAUUCAUUUAAAAUAAAUGAAAGAAAACAAUUAAGAGAACCAAUAUAUAAUUUAAUGUUUAAAAUAAAUGAAUCUCAAAUACAAAAAAUUGAUUUAAAUCAUUUAGCUACAGUAAAUGAUCCUGAAAAUUUAUUUAAAAUGAUUGACUUUUCAUUAUUAGAACAAACACUUCAAACAUUGGAAAUAUCUGAAGAUGUAGUUUAUAGUGAUUAUAUUAAAGGAUUAAUUGGAGUUAUUAAAAGUCGUAUUAAUGAUUUCCCUAUUAUCCCAUUACAAUAUUUAUUCUCUUCUGCUUCAAAAAAUUAUUUAAGACCUUUAAAUUCAAUUACUGAAGAAAUAUUAAAUCAAAUUAUCAACUGUUUUGUUGCUUGUUCAUUUCAUCCUUAUUCAAAAGUAAGUUAUCUCUCUUUAGAUUAUCUCAAACAAGUUAUUCAGUUGUAUCAUUCUCAUUAUAAUGCUUUUAUUCCAAUUAUUUCAGACAGUCAAGAUAUUAAUAUUCGAUUUAAAGCUUUAACUAAUUUAUUUGAUUGUGAUGUACCUAAAAGUGAAGUAGAUAUAUUAUAUGAUAGUCUUCAAGUAAUUCCUGAUAUUAGUGGUGAUGUAGUAGAUUUAGCAUUAGAAAAAAUUGUUUAUUUAUUUUUAAAUUAUCCACAUCAAAACAAGAUAAUUUCAGUUUAUUCUUUAUUAGUCCAUGAAACAACCAACAUUAAUCUUCUUAAUCCAAUUAACCAAUGUAUUAUUCAAUUCAUCAAAGAAAAUGAAGUCAAUACGUUAUCUCUUCAAAUGAUUGCUGUUGUAGCAUCAAAAAUUACUGAUUCUUCAGUUGGAAAAGAAUGUUUUAAAAUCAUUGAAGAAUGUUCUGAAGAAAUAAAUGAUGAUUUAUGGAUCAAUAGAUUGCUUAAUAGUCGUGACGAACAUUGGAUUAAAAUUAUAUUUCCAAAUAUUUUUAUGAGUAAGAAAAUGAAAAAAUGGAAGAAUGAACUUGUAUCUUAUUCAUUAUUUAUUUUAUUAACGAGUACUAAAGAAGUUCAAGAAAUUAUUUUUAAGUUAUUAGAAGUAGAAUUUCAAGAAAAUCCAAAUAUUGCUGUUCAAUUUAUUAAUGAAUUAUCAGAAUAUAUUUUUGUUGGUGUAGUUGAUAAUUCACCAAAGAAAAAAAUAAUUAAUAGUACUUAUGAUAAUUGUAAUCUGGAAGAAUGUUAUGAAUGUAAAUGUAAAGUUAAUUGUUUAAAUAAACAAUGUGUAUAUUGUCAACAUAAAUAUUGUGAUAAAUGUAUUGAAAUAUUUAAUUCUCACCAAUGCAAAUUAACUAUUCCUUCAUUAAGUUCUCUUGCUAAAAUAGACAUUGAAAUUAAUGAAGAAAUCAUUGAAUAUUUUUAUAGACUUUGCUCUGCAUUAUUACGUUCUUCAUGCUCAGAAUUAAAUAUAUUCAAUUGUUUAAUUAAGACAAUACAUACUUGGAGAAAUCUUUAUCUCAAUAACUCAUCUAUUAUUCUAAGAGAUAACAUAAUUCAAAAACAUUACACUAAGUUAUAUAUUGCCCUAAUCUCAUUACUAUUUGAAAUAGGAACAAAAGAACAAACAGAUAUUACUUCAAUGGUUAUAGAAGAAUCUAAAGACAUUCUAAUUCUUUUUGUACAAACAAUUUCUCCAUCAACAUACCUCCCAGAAGAACUUAUUUUGACUUUAUUAACAAAAGUACUAACCAUUUCAUCAGAUGAAUUAUUUAAAGAAAUGUAUAGUAUUAUUCAGCCAUAUUUGAUAGAGACUAUUCUUACAAAUAUCCAACCUAUAAGAAAGGUUAUUGCAGAGAUUAUGAAACGAAAUUGUCAAUUUAAAUAA